AUGACGGACUCGCAAAUCCCCAAAGAGGAGUAUGUGACGGAUUCACACCUCCCCAAAGACUUCCGCUGGGGCUUCGCAACAGCAUGCUACCAGAUCGAAGGCGCGCCCAAAGCCGAUGGAAAGGGCGAGAGCAUCUGGGACGUCUUCACCCACAUUCCGGGCAAAGUCUGGGACGGCACCAACGGCGAUGUAGCCUGCGACAGCUACAACCGCACGGCCGAGGACAUUGAGCUGCUCAAGUCGACGGGCGCAAACACGUACCGCUUCUCGCUGUCAUGGACGCGCAUUAUCCCGUUGGGCGGCCGCAACGACCCCGUCAACGAGGCCGGCCUGCAGCACUACGUCAAGUUCGUUGACGACCUGCACGCCGCGGGCAUCACGCCCAUGGUCACCCUGCUGCACUGGGACCUACCCGACGGCUUGUACCAGCGGUACGGUGGCUACCUCAACAAAGACGAGUUUGCGCAGGAUUUUGAAAACUACGCGCGUGUGGUGUUCAAGGCUUUUGGCGACAAAGUGAAGUAUUGGAUCACCUUCAACGAGCCGUGGUGCAGUUCUAUUCUUGGGUUCAACGUUGCGAGCCACGCUCCGGGACGCACGAGUGAUCGGAGCAAGAGCGACAUCGGCGACAGCAGCACAGAACCCUGGAUUGUAGGACACUCGCUGCUGAUUGCGCACAGCAGGGCGGUCAAAGUGUACCGUGAUGAGUUCAAAGAGAAAGAUGGUGGCAUCAUUGGUAUCACAUUGAACGGUGACUAUGCCGAGCCGUGGGAUGCAAACGAUCCUCUUGAUGUCGACGCGGCGAACCGCAAGCUGGAGUUCACCUACGGGUGGUUCGCCGACCCAGUGUACUAUGGAAAAUACCCCGAUGCGAUGCGUAAGCAGUUGGGAGACAGAUUGCCCGACUUUACAGACGAAGAAAUCGCGCUGGUCAAAGGUAGCAACGACUUCUUCGGCAUCAACUCGUAUGGCGACAACUACAUCAAGCACAAGGAAGGAGAACCUGCUCCAGAUGACUUCUACGGCAAUCUGGAUGUGCUCGAUCAGAACAAGGCCGGUGAUUGGAUUGGACCAGAGACAGAGUCUGUUUGGUUGAGACCGAAUCCCCGCGGCUUCAGAAGUCUGCUGAACUGGUUGAACAAGCGCUAUGGCGGACCGAUAUUCUACGUUACAGAAAAUGGUACAAGUCUGAAAGGGGAGAACGAUAAACCCCGUGAGGAGAUUUUGGAUGAUGAGUUCCGCUGCUGGUUCUUCAGGGGAUAUAUCGGAGCGCUCGCGGACGCAUACACGAAGGACGGCAUAGACAUUCGAGGCUACACUGGAUGGAGUCUCUUGGAUAAUUUCGAGUGGCACGAGGGCUACCGGACGCGCUUCGGCGUCACGUACGUCGACUACGAGGGUGGCCAGAAGCGAUACCCGAAGAAGAGUGCGCACGAAGUAGGCCAAAUCUUCGGAAAAUACAUCAAGAAGGACUAGAUUGCUUGCAGCCGGUGGCUCGAGGCGACAUGGGCCAGAGGCAUAUGCAAUCGAUGAUUCUGAGAGGCUUCCAGAACCGGGUACAUCUUGGCGUGAUGUGCAGGAGGGUCUUACGUGCAGUAACGUUUGUGCAAGUGCGCGUGCGGGUGUCGGUAUGAUGUGCGCGACGCUGGAGGAUCGGCCCAGGGUAUUCAACGAGGGAAGUUUUGCGGCCGACUUCAGCGUGUGUUGUGAUGGAGUCCUUGGAGCCGGUCGGGCUGGUCAGGAAAAAUUACUGCUUUCGAUAGACUGAUAUAUCCACAACGGCCGCGACCCGCUUGUCCAC